CUUUAGCCAGUGGUAAAAUCGUAAUAAAACUAUGAAAUGCGACAUUUGACAGUUUACAGUUUACAUGUCAAAAUUUCCCCGGUCCAACUUCCUCGCCUUCCCAAUAUACAGACGCACACAGAAUUCACAUAUAAUUUCUUUUCUUUCUCUCUCACUUUCCCGAUCAGUCUUUUCCGGUGAUCAGCCUACUUUACGUUCAUUCUAUCAGUUACGGCAAUCGUCCGCUGUAUUUCGAUAUAUGUAGAAUUCAUACACUGAUGAUCAUUGCUGUGUGUAUUUAGAGCGAGAAGAAUGACGUCGGGUACGAGAAUGCCGACAUGGAAGGAGAGGGAGAACAAUAAACGGAGAGAGAGGAGGAGGAGAGCGAUUGCCGCGAAGAUAUUCUCCGGACUGAGGAUGUACGGAAAUUACAAGCUGCCUAAGCAUUGUGAUAACAACGAAGUCCUCAAAGCCCUCGCCGGCGAAGCUGGUUGGACCGUCGAACCCGACGGCACCACCUAUCGUAAGGGAUGCAAGCCUUUAGAGCGAAUAAACAUUAGUGGAUCGACGUCAGCAAGCCCAUGCUCAUCUUACCAACCAAGCCCAUACACUUCCUAUCACCCGAGCCCAAUUGCAAGCCCAUCUCACAAUCCUCACCCCGAUUCUCUAAUUCCAUGGCUCAAGAAUCUAUCAUCCUCAUCAAACUCAACAAAGCUUCCGAAUCUUUACAUCCACACGGGGUCCAUUAGUGCACCCGUGACCCCACCCAUUAGCUCUCCAACUGCCCGAAUCAAACCCGACAUUACUUGGGGCAUGGGUCCCACGUCUCCAACUUUUAACCUUGUUGCUUCGAACUCGUUUGGGUUCAAGGAAGGAGUUAUAUCUCAUGGUGGAUCGCGAAUGUGGACACCUGGACAAAGUGGGACGUGUUCGCCUGUAAUUCCUUCGGGAUUUGACAACAAUGGUGACAUUCCAAUGGCGGAAUUGGUUUCGGAUGAAUUUGCGUUUGGUUGUAAUGUGGGAAAGAAAGUGAAGCCAUGGGAAGGAGAGAGGAUUCAUGAGGUGUGUGGGUCUGAUGAUCUUGAGCUUACUCUUGGGAUAUCAAAAAUGAGAUAAAUUGGAAUUUGGAGAAGAAAGGAAUUCGUUGUGAUGAUAUGAUUGGGGAAAAUUAAGAAUGGAUGGAUGGUUUGAUGCAAAUUGUGAAAUUGGUCCAAUAUUUAUAAGUUUUCCUUGUUAAAGUAUGUUGCCCAAAAAAAAUCUCUAGUAAAAUCCAUUCAGUUUAUGUAUCUUCUACUUGUGAAUUAGAGUUGGAUUUUAUUAUGAAACAACGUAUAAAAACGAGCAAGUUACA